GGAAGCUCGCUGGAACUUCAGCAAGUAGAUUUAGUUAGUCGCGGAUACUUGCAACAUGCAGACGAUUGUGCGUGAAAUGAAACUGGAUGAUAUCGAUGAGGUGACUAUCUUUCUGCGAGAUCAUUUCUACGGAAAUGAGCCACUAAUGCAGACACCGGGCGAUCAUCAAAUAGACUAUGACGAUGCCAAGAGGAGGAAGUACCGAUUAUCGCUCAUUGCACAGGGCACUUCAUUGGUUGCCAUUGAAGCCGGUCGCUUUGUGGGUGUGGCAUUUGCUGGAGUAAUACACCCAAGCGAUCUGGAGGAGAGUUGGAGCGAAGCCAAUGAGCAUAAGCCGAAACUUCUAAUCGAACACAUUCACUACUUUCUGUCCGACCUUGAACGCAGUGCUCGAUUCUUUGAACGUUACGGAGUAGUAGAUGCUCUGUAUUUGAGUGUUCUAGCAGUCGAUGCCACUGUGCGUCGCCAAGGACUGGGACGGUGUCUGGUUACUGCCCUGUUAGACGUGGGUCGGGCCAAGAGACUUCCCCUGCUGGUAACCUCAUGCACCAGCCUCUACUCGAAGCGAGUGAUGGAUGCUCUUGGCAUGGAGUGUGUGCGGUCUGAGCGCUAUAAAGAUUAUGAAGAUGAGGAUGGAAAUGUGGUGAUUCAACCCCCUGCACCACAUACGGAGUGCACUGUUAUGGCUAUUAAGUUGUAAGGCAUGACUAGCAUAAACAUAAACAUAUAUAUACAUUUAAAAUAAAUUUAAAAAAUCGAUAUGUUUUAAAUAAAAUUACUCGAAAGUUUA